CAAAUCCGUCAGUUGCUAACCCUGCAUUCUACUUAACAGGACUUAAUGAUUUUGUCAAGUAGACAUGACUUCCAAAGCGGACCGAGCAGCUUUAGCGAUCAGCCAUGAAAAAAACAAGCAAAAAUUAACGAGGACUAUAUCAAAGGUUGUAAAGUCCUUAUCCGCCCUAGAUCUAGAUGAAAAAAAUGAAGAGCUUCGAACUUUACAGAGACAGUUACGCACACUUGACAAGCAGCUAGGAAAAGUCAGUGAAAAAGAUCCAUUUGCAGAAAAGAAAGAAUCAAAAAAAUCCAAAAAGAAAUCUAAAAAGAGUAAGGUUGAGAAAGAAGCAGAUGAUGGGGGUCGACAAAUUGGAGCCUUUAGACUGCUACCUCUUGGGAUUGGAGUGAAAUCUCAAGUCAAGUCAAAGACGGUAAAUAGUAGUUUAAGUGAAGCCGUCACAAAAAGAACUAAGAAUGUGCCGAAAGAAAUAACCUCCAAGUUCACUCAUAAAAAAUUAUCUGGUCCUAGAAGAUGCUCUGAACUAGUUGAUGAAUAUAUCAAUCUUGAAUCUAAGGGAAAUGUAAAAAAUCAGAAAAAAUCUAAGAAAGAAAAGAAAAAAUUAAAGACACUUAAAGAAAUUAGUAUUAAAAUGGAAAAAAGUUCCCCAGAUGAGCAGAAAAUUUCCAGUUGUGUAAAAAUAAAAGAGAAAAAUGUAGGGAAAAAUAAAAAAAACCUUGAAAUGAAAGAAAGCAUUUCAAAAAUGCAGCCUAUUGUGAAUACUUUAAAAAUUAAAGACAAAACUUUAGGGGGAAAUGAGCUUAAACUUGAAAAAACCGAAGAGUACAAUGAAUGUAAAGAUCACACAUUUUCAAAUUUGGCUAGCCUCAGUGAGCAAUAUUAUUUUCUCACUGCUGUUGAAUGGACAGUUGGCUCAAAUUUGUCUGCAGAAAGUGAGACAGUAAGUAAUGUAAUCAAUAAGACAAAGAAAAACAAAAAAAAGAAGAAACAAAAUAACUGCUCUUUGCCAAUUGAUCCAAUCAUCGAAAGAACAGAUCUCAAAACACUCAAUAAACUCUCUGAAAUCGAACAGGGAGUGUCAACUUUGUCAAUCUGUAAUCCUUCAAUGCAAACUGGCGUUGAAAAAAGUAUUCCUAAAAAAGAAAAAAAGAAGAAAAAGAAAAAGAAAGCAGAAGCUACAGAUGGAGAUGACUCCAAUAUGUGUUCGAAUGAAGGUAAAGAAUCUUCCGGCACAAAGAGAGGGGAUGAAAAAAGCCAAGGUUUUUCAUCUUUAUACUUAAACCAAGAACAAAUAGAGAAAAAAGAUAAGAAAAAAAAAUCCAAAAAAAAUAAUGAGAAAAAGACAAAUAAAGAACAUAGGGAACCAGAAGAAGACAAUUUUGAAAAUUAUUUAUCUGAAAUUGAAGUCAUGGACGGUCUCCAAGGAGGAAUUCUUGUUUCUGGCCAAUUGCGCAUUAAUGCCCGUGAUUACACAACAGCAUAUGUCUCCUCUGCAAUUGAAUCUGAACCUGAUUAUCUUAUUGAGGGUGUAAGGAAUCGUAAUCGAGCCUUGGAAGGUGAUACAGUUAUUCUUAGUAUUCUUCCGCAAAGCAUGUGGAAAUCACUUUCAUCAGGAUUACAAAAAACAGCCAAAGUUGUGUACAUUAAGGAACUAAUUCAUUCUCGCAGAGGCAUUGGAACUGUAAGAGUAAUGGCAGACAAAAAUCCAGAGUUUGCUUUAUUUUCUCCCAAUGAUUCGAGAUUACCUCGCUGGCAAGUACCAAUGUAUUGUUGUCCCCCAGAUUUUUAUUCAAACUCAACCAAGUACAAACAUGUGUAUUUUGAAGGAAUAUUAACAAACUGGAUCACCCCGAAGAUCUCUCAGGGAUUCAUAACAGAAAUACUUGGCGAGAAAGGAUCAAUAGAAGUAGAGACAAUGUCUUUACUUUGUGAAGCAGACUGUGAUAUCACUCCUAUUCCUAGAAGCAUAGUUGAUUCUUGCCUACAAGAUAUUGUUUGUGACGAAAGAGUUUUCAAAAACCGUGAAGAUCUGCGUAAUGAGUGUAUAUUCUCCAUAGACCCAGAAGGCGCGAAAGAUCUGGAUGAUGCCCUGUCUUGCAGGAAAUUAGCUAAUGGCAAUUUUGAAGUGGGAGUUCAUAUUUCAGACGUAGCAUUUUUCAUUCAACAAGGAACGCAAUUUGAUCAAGCCAUAUGCCGGAAAGCGACAACCAUUUAUCUUGUCCAAAGGGCGUACCAUAUGCUACCGGAAGAACUAUGCUCUCUGUGUUCCUUAACUCCAGGAGAAGAUAAACUUGCAUUUUCUGUUUUUUGGGAACUGACUCCUGAAGCUGAAAUUAUUUCUCAUCGUUUUACUCGGUCCAUCAUCCACUCUUGUGUUCAAUUGACUUAUGCUCAUGCUCAGGAUGUAAUCAUGAAUCCUGGAGCAGCAAAGCAUGACUUUCCGCCCAUAGGAAAAGGUUACUCAGAAAAAGAUUGUUCUGAAAUAAUACUGCAGCUACAUCGAUUAGCAACUAUCCUAAGAAAGAACAGGUUCGACAGCGGCUCUCUGAAAAUAGAAAUUCCUAAAUUAUGGUUUAAGUUGGACUCCACCUCUGGUUUGCCUGCAGCUUGUAAACAGUAUUUGCAGCAUGAAAGCAACUGGUUGAUCGAAGAAUUUAUGUUAUUAGCGAAUUUCACCGUCGGAAAGCAUAUCUAUAAAACCUAUCCAGAUAUCGCAUUGCUCCGACAUCAUAAGCCCCCGAAUAAAAAUGGAAUAGCUGAACUACAAAAAACAUUGGAGGCGGAGGAUAUUUUCAUAGACAUCAGCUCUGGUGCUGGGUUGUAUCAAUCGAUAAAUCAGUUCGAUGGAACUGAUCUGGAGAGUGAAGCAAAGCGGGUCAUCUUAAGUAAUCUUGUUGCAAAGCCAAUGCCUAAAGCUCUCUAUUUUGCAAGUGGAUUAGCCAAAGAGCCUGCAGAUUAUUGGCAUUUUGCUUUAAAUGCUGGUUAUUAUACUCAUUUCACAUCGCCAAUCCGACGUUAUGCAGACAUAAUUGUUCAUAGACUAUUAGCCGCUUCUUUAGGAUAUUGUGACAGACCAAACUACACAGCUCAGGAAGUUCAGAAGGCUGCUAGUAUCUCCAACAAACAGAAAUACUGUGCCAAGAAGGCUGGAGAGUCAAGCUCCAAGUUAUACCUAACAAUUUAUUUAUCUAUCACCGGUCCUCUUGUGGAAAAAGCUGCUGUUCUGGAUGUCAAAGACCAUUCUUUUGACUGCAUUGUUCUUCGUUUUGGACUUAUUUCGAGGGUGUACACGAACAACCUAUCUGGAAAAGCUCAAGUUGUACACCAGAAUGACAAUGGUUCUUCGAGUAUCUUUGUUUACUGGGCAGAAAAUUCCAAAGAAAACAUCAAGGCCUCCAUCCAACUCAUCAAACUGUUCAGUGUGGUCACAGUUGAACUGAAAAAAUCUGAAAAUGAGAUGAAACUUGAGACAAGAUUGUUGCCAUUCUAUUGAAUUUGUAUUUCUCCAAUUUGACACCUCAAGUUUUUUACUUUUUUUAGCGUUGUUUGUUUCUAGAGGGUAGUGAUUUAUUUUAUUUCAUCAUUUUUAUUGUUCAUUUAGGAAUUUUGCCUUUUUCCUGCCAAUCAAUAUUUGUCUUACGUUCUUCCAUCAUGAUUUCUCCGUUAAGGUUGAAAAUUUUUACUCAAGUGGUAAUUUUCAUUAACAGUUUAUCAUACAUGCAUUUAUUGAACUUCCCUACAAACUUCAUCGCUGGGCUGUUCCAGUCAUCGGGACAACUGUUGAUAACGUAGUGAAAGCAGCUGUUGAUGGUGUCAUCAGAAUACCUGUUGAUGACAUCCUAAUAGAAUUCGUUGAUGCUUCCUUAAUAUCUUAAAUAUUAUUUGUCAUCAUAAUUUAGUAUACAUAUUCGUUUGAUAUGUAUACAUGCUUCAUCUCCUAACGCUGAAACUUCCAAACCAUGUAUCUAGGUUUGCGACGUUGCAGACUUCCUAUCAAACUUUAUUUUUUAGUGAAGAGAUACUCAACGUCAACUCUUAAAAACAUGAUUUUUCCUUACAGCGCAAAGCAAAUUCUGGAAAAACUUUAAGAAAUUAUGUUGAUUUGUUCUUUAAAGACAAACUACAAUAGGAGCAAAGAUUUUUAAACACCGCAAACAAGACCUGUGGUUUGGGAAUUUCACUGUUUAUUUGUAAGUUUUUAUUGAGUUCAACUGAUAAAUGAGCUCCAUAGAAGGGUUGCCACCUCUUUUCAUCACUACUUACAUUUAUACUGUUUUUGUAUAGAGUAAUUACUCAGCUGAGACUAAAUGACUUUCUUUUCAAAAUUUAAAAUCAAUUUUUGUGUUCUGAAGGAACGUGAAGUUUUGUGACAAAUAAAUCAAGAAAAAAAAAUACUGUUA